ACUUUUUCUUUUGGAUUUGCAAUUAGUGUGGUAUUAAUGAGAUGGAUUGGGGAUUGACAUGCAACAUUAUUGUAUGGCUUGGGAUACAUUUUAGUACGUACGAUGGUGCAGUUCAGAGUAAAGAAUCUUUAGUGCCUUGCGACUUGGAGCCUUCUAUGGAGAAGGGCCUCACGUAUUACCGACGCCGAACUCCAUGGGGUAAAUGGUUAGACAUGCCAUGUCCCCCGAAAACUGUAUUCAUAGCCCAUUGGUGUAGAUGUGACUAUCCUGAAAUGGAAGAAAUGUUAACAGAGUCAAACAAAAAUAAUUUAACUUCGUCAGCGACAAUAACAGAACAUUUGACAACCCAGCCAAAAUCGAAGACAAGUCCAACCACCUCUACUUCUACAACCCCAAUCAAAACAGAGAACACACGUCCCACCACCUCUACAAUCCCAAUCAAAACAGAGAAGACACCGAUCAUACAAACAACAACAAUAGCUCCCUCAAAAACUUCAAUAUCAAUGAAAAGCACCACCACUAACAGUGAGAUUUUAUCAACAUUUACUCCGACGAAAUCAGAGGAGUCCUCAGGUUCUCACGAACGCUUCUCAACGGUGAAAUUAGUAGUGACAGAAUCAACGGUGAAACCAGUGUUGACAGAAUCAAUGACACUGUUGCGAGCAACAUCGCAAAUUUCGGAUAGUACAUUGCCAACCAUUUCUAUCAACUCCAGUGAAUUAAGUACAAACGGCCAUGAACACAAUCAGGAUAAUCACACUUUGGAAUCUCAGAUUCAGGUGACCAAAAAGUCGCCAGAGGCGGUGAGAGAAAGAAAUAUAACAAAUACAACAUCAGUGUCAAUUUUGAAUUCGACGUCGAGUUCAAAUUCUGAAGAAUCGUCGAACGAACACACGAAUCAGACGACAUCAUAUGGUCAUGGGUCAACAUCUGUAACAAAUUCAACAAUAAAUACAACAACAAGAAUAAAUACAACAACAACAAACGCAACAACAACAGAACCAACAACAAACGCAACAACAACAGAACCAACAACAAACGCAACAACAACAGAAUCAAGUCCCAUAGCGACCGCAUGUAAAUACCAGAAAAUCGAAGACGACCGGAUUUCCUACAUGGGAUACAUUAAUGCAGAAAUUGGUUGGAUUCGCUUCCAGUGUCCUCAUCACAAAGAGUUCAGUCUGACCCGCUGCGGCUGUUUCUAUCCACGGGAGAUAAAAACAACAGCCACCACCACAACAGCAAGGACAACAAUCGGUAUUCCGGAAGGAUGUCCAUAUGUGAAAGAAGGAAGAAAAGCAUUUAGGGAAUUCAUCGACGUUUUAAAAACGUGGGUGUUUUCCGAAUGUGGUGAAAGCUAUGAUUUCAGCCAGUUGAAAUGUGGAUGUGUUUUAGAAGGAACUUCCCCUGAUGGAGACGAUGAUAAUUCUAUAAGAACUACGGGAUCUCCUAUUUCAACAGUUGCAGUAGUGUUGACCUCAACUGAAGAAGUACCACCUGGAUGUCCCUACAUUGCUGUAGGGAAAUCCUCAUUCAGAGAAUACAUAGCCAGCAUGCAGACUUGGGUGUACUCAGAUUGCGCUCCGGAGCACGUAUUCAAACAAUCUGCUUGUAGAUGUGAGCCAGAAAAUAUUGUCAUUAACGGAUGUCCAUUCAUAGCUGUGGAUAAGUCCUCUUUUAAAGAAUAUAUCGACGUUUUGGGAGAAUGGGUGACGUCCGAUUGUCCGAGUGACUUCUUGUACAGCGCCAAGUUAUGCAAAUGUGUCCUAAAAGAUUGUAAGCAUGAGGCUGUUGGUUUAACAUCCUUCAGAACCUUCAUCGAAGAAAUCAAAGACUGGGUCACAUCUCAAUGUCCAAAGAAUCACAUUUAUAGUCCCAAUCUGUGCAAAUGUGUCAAUGAAGGCGGUGGCGAGACGGCUAUCCAGAUUACUGACCACGUGGUACAACCAGUGGUAACUACGUCAUUUCCAGUAUCAACAGAAUCCCUAUCCAUGGUGACCACUGCAGAUUGCAAGGCUGUUGGCAAACUUGGCGGAUACAGACGGUACAUCCAUGAAGUGGACGGCUGGGUGGAUUACGAUUGUCCAAUUCACACUGAAUUCAAUAUCCAAACGUGUUCCUGUCAAAGGGCGGGUUGCAAGUACAUUCCAGACCAGACGGGAUACAAGGAGUUCGUGGAUUUGUUGGGAACUUGGAUUUUCUACGACUGUCCCAUAGGAACGUCCUUCCGGACAGACAGUUGCAAAUGUGAAAAAGAAAGACCCAAGCCACGUGUGACGACACCAAACCCGACACAGCCAGACCAUCAUGACGGUAAACAUCCGGGAGACUCGGAGAAAAGCACUUCUGGUUGCCUUAAAGUACAGAAAAACAAUGGCUAUAUGGAAUUUUUAGCCACUCUUGGAGACUGGGUGUACUACGACUGUCCUGUUGAGCACGCCUUUAGUGAAGAUGAUUGCGCAUGCGUAUAUACUGGAAUUAAUUCAAGCAAAGAUGGGAAAAGAACAGGAUGUGCAUUUUCCUCUACUGGUGAUGGAACAUAUAGACAGUUUGUGGAUGAAAUCAGUCAGUGGGUGUCGUACGACUGCCCCGUGGGCCAACACUUCCAUAACGAAUUCUGUAAAUGUGUACAACAAGAUGCCUCUUCAAAAGAUUUGAAGACUACAUUGACACCAAAACAAAUUACAAAUUCCUCGUGCUCGAUGAAGACCUCAGACAUGGGACAGGAUUACUUUUUGUUGUACGUGGAAGGACACGGUGAAAUUCUCUAUCAAUGCGACUUUGGUUUCGUUUUCAACCAAACUCAGUGUAGUUGUGUGAAAGAAGCCCCGAAUCCAACAACACCAAAAACCACGAACAUCACUCCAGGUUGUCCGCUUAUGCCCUCGCCACUUGGGGAAAAGUAUUUCAGGAUGCAGAUUGGAGUCUUGGGAAUGAUUGAUUUUUCUUGCCCUGAGAAACAAAAAUAUGUAUAUGGAAUAUGCAUGUGUACACUGUGAAGGAUCCAGAUUUUAGCGUACGAACUCGAAUUUCGAAGAUAAGGAAAUGGAGACCAAGAUUCCCCAAGAAAGAGGAAAACAAAGAGAACUGAAAUCCAUUAUAUUAGUUUUGUUGACAAUAAAAUGAUUAAAAAAGUAAA